AUUAGCACAGAGAUAAUGAAUACCAUUCCCUUUCCCGUCCUUGGACAGUUCCUCAGAAAUAGGGUCCCAGGAAGACCAGAUUCCCGCCUCCGCUGUGGACGCAGAACACGCCCCCCCACGCCAUCCCCGUCCCGCGUGUCAGCGCGCGGGGUGGGGCUUCGCGCGGGGGCGAGGCUCGCUCAGGAGGGGCGGAGCGUCCGCGCUCCUCCGCGGGCUCGCGCUUCCCAUCCUCCAGAAACAGUUACUUUUCCCGCUCGGAGGCCAAGGAGGCAAAGUGACAGCAUGGGACAGUGUGAAGAAUACUAUUUGCUGGGAAACCUCAGUUAUGAAAAACCUCCUCCUGGGCUUAUCAAGGAAGAUGAGACUAAGCCAGAAGACUGUAUACCAGAUGUGCCAGGCAAUGAACAUGCCAGGGAAUUUCUGGCUCACGCACCAACGAAAGGACUUUGGAUGCCACUGGGGAAAGAAGUCAAAGUUAUGCAGUGUUGGCGUUGUAAACGGUAUGGUCACCGAACAGGCGACAAAGAAUGCCCUUUCUUUAUCAAAGGCAACCAAAAGUUAGAACAGUUCAGAGUAGCACAUGAAGAUCCCAUGUAUGACAUCAUACGAGAGAAUAAAAGACAUGAAAAGGAUGUAAGGAUACAGCAGUUGAAACAGUUACUAGAGGAUUCUACCUCUGAUGAGGAUGGAAGCAGCUCUAGUUCCUCAGCAAGUAAAGAGAAGCACAAGAAAAAGAAGAAGAAAGAAAAGCAUAAGAAAAGGAAGAAGGAAAAGAAGAAGAAGAAAAAACGAAGGCAUAAGUCUUCCAAGUCAAAUGAGAGUUCAGACUCGGACUGAACAACUCGACUUUUUCAACAUUCUCUUCUCCCACAUCAGACACUGCGGCCAAAGACCAGAGGCGUGCAAUCCGGGAGGACUAGGAUAGAGCAGGGUAUUUGGUGUCCCGCAUGUGAAUUCUCACCUGCCUUCCAGCAGAGAUGUGACCCCAGGAGGGUGAGUUGUACUUUUCUGGGCGCUAGCUCUGGACAGCGGCUGAUGUCAGGCAGGAGAGCUUUGUCCAGUAUCUUCCUCCCGCUGAUCCCUGCAGUUUGUGAUUCCUUCAAGCUGCCUCUGCCAGGGUGGCCGGACCAAGGAAUGAGUCUCUGAGGACGCUCCAGGUGCUGCUGCAGCCUUUCCUCCCCAGGGCGCUACUUAAUUCCCAGAGACUUCAGGUUUGACUUUCCUCUGUUGUUCAGGAUAAUAAAAGCUUGUUAUUUAUUUUUUAAA